AUGACAGGCAGCAACGGUAAUGACGAACCCUUUAAGCGUGAAAUGCGCACUGUGAAGGUGCCACACCACCGCUUCCCUGCACUUAAGAAAGUUUGGAUGGAUGUGUACACGCCCAUUGUAGAGCAGUGCAAGCUGGAGAUUCGCAUGAACUUACGGGGACGCAGUGUAGAGCUCCGUACGUGCCCAGCUACAGUGGAAGCAGCAGGAAAUGAAGGAAGUAAGGCACUUCUGCAAAAGGCCGAAGACUUUGUAAAGGCGGUGGUUGCUGGGUUUGAUGUUAAGGAUGCUGUUGCGCUUUUACGUAUGGAUGACGUGUACAUUGAGGGAUUUGAGGUGAAGGAUGUACGGGCUAAUUUGCAAGGUGAUAAUCUCUCUCGUUGCAUCGGCCGCAUGAGUGGAUCACAUGGAAAGACGAAGCACACCAUUGAGAACGUGACCCGCACACGUAUUGUCAUUGCAGAUACGCACAUUUGUAUUAUGGGAACAACACAAAAUAUUCGCGUAGCGAGGGACGCCCUCUGCGACCUCAUUCGUGGCAGUCCUGCAACGAAGGUUUACACGCGUGUGCGCGCCGUGAUGAAUCGUGUUAACGAUACCUUUUAA